GAACAGUAGAAGAAGAAGAGCAGCGGUGUUGUCAUGAUGUCGCUGUUGUUGUUGUUGUUGUUGUUGUUGUUGUUGUUGUUGUUGUGUUGUUGAGGAAACCAGCGGAUAAAAAUGUGCUUUUAAUUUCUUUUUGAACUUUUUACCAACCGGAAGCGCCCACAUGAGCCGCCCGGAGACAGACAGCAGCUAACGUUAGCUUAGCUCCGCGGCUAACCGGCGGCUAACCGGCGGCUAGCUCCUCUGUUAGCCAGCUAGCUGGCUCCGCCGGCUGACAUUAGCAUGGCGUCUCCGUUUAAAAUCCCCAAGAAGAAACAGCCCGCAGGUUCUGACUCGGCCCACAUGCACAUGCAGUCGCCCCUGUCUCGCCUCCAGAGCGCCGCCCCAGAACUUAAGAGCUAUGGGGGUCAGUCCAGCAGAGGCAGCGCCGACAGGAUGCAUGCUGGGAGCUCAUUUGGCUCCUCAACAAACAGACAGAGCGAGCCUCUCUUCAGGGACGUGGUCAAAACGCUGCUGGGACUCAACAGCCCGAACCGAGGGGCGUCCACAGCCAAUCACAGAGCAGCUGGAGGCUGGAGCCGCCAACCACAGCCGGGGGAGAGAGCGCAGUCGUCCUCGGCCUGUUUCUCAAACGGAUGGCGCCCUAAGAGAGCAUCAGACCGACUGCUGCAGCCUGAAGUGACCUCACAGCCUCCGUCUCCACCACAGAAGAAGAAAAGCGACGUUUGCGACGGUUCGUUCCUGCCGGCCAAAAGUAUCUCUGUGCGGUCGCCGGACUCUCUGGCGGCGCUGCGAGGCGAGGAGCAUGCUGGGAGAGCGUGGAGGAGGGGCGAGGACGCCGCUGAGGGGAAGAGCGACGGAGGAAACGCUGCUGACUCUCUCUCAGGUUCAGAUCAGACGUCAGAAGACGACUUUGUGUCUCCGCCCAGAGCCAGAAACAAACCCCCUGCAGAUAAAUCUCCUUCCAGAGGCGCCCGCAGACCCUGCGUCUCCUCGGCGACCACGCCCGACAGGAGGCGGAGUCUCGACAGGACGGCGUGGCUCGCCGCCAGCAGCAACCUGCGAGACGAUGUGAGGGAGAAAGAGAGACAGAAGUGGAGGGAGUUCAAAGAGAAGACGACGUCCAAGAGAUCAGCCGUCCUGCAGCUCCGACUGAGGAACCCCAAACCGACUCCGACAGAACCCAUUGUGCUGUCGAGUGAAGAGGAAGAGGAGGAUGAUGGAGAUGGAGGGAUGUUGCAGAGCAGCAGCCGGGUGGAGGAUGAGCAGGGUGAACAGGCUCGUUCUUCUAAAGGUGAAACAGACGACUACAAGGCGCCGCCACCUUCGUUCAUGCAGCUGGAGUUCGUCUCGCUUCAUGCUGGCCUGACGCACGCCGACGCCAAGGGGGAGAUGAUGAUCACUGAGAAUGGAAUCACGAUUCCUCUGAAAGGAGCGGAGGAGGGGGAGGUCACCGUGGUGGCGUCUCAGGUUCGUGGUUACGGUGUUUGGGACGGGGGCGUGGCUCAGGACGGGGCUCUGUUGGCUGGUUGGAAAGGUCCCGCCCCCUCGCUGCUCUUCCUGUGGGUGAGUGACGCUCAGGCCAACCUGCUGCAGAUGGAGCUGUCCGCCAUCCAGACCUCCAGCAGCACUUCAGGUCCAUCAUGCUCCUUCCUCCUGCUGGUGUUGAAGGGGCAGCUGCAGGAGCUCCAGGCCGCCCUUCUGGCCUCCAUCCUGGACAUGGAAGAGUACAGGAGGGGCUGCUCCUCCUCCUCCAGCAGACCCACCUCCCCUCUGGAGUGGACCGACGGGCUGCUGCUCCUCCACAGCUGUCCUCCUCCUCUGGACCAGCACCUCCUCGGAUUGCUGGGACACUCCACGAAAUCGAGUCCGCUGAGAAACAACCAGAGAAACAAGAUGUCCUCCGGUCUGCAGCAGCUUCCCACCAGGUUGAUCCAGUAUCCGGCGGCGCCCUGCAAAGGCCGGAUCACGGUGACGAAGGAGGACCUGGCUUGUCUGGGCGGCGGCGAGUUCCUCAAUGACGUCAUCAUCGACUUCUACCUCAAGUACCUCCUUCUGGAGGGAGUCGGUGGCCCCGUGGCUGAGCGCAGUCACGUCUUCAGCAGUUUCUUCUACAAACAGCUGAGCAGACGAAGAGCCGCCGGAGAGAACGAUGCCCCGUCUGUCCCCGACCGCCACACAAGGCACCAGCGAGUAAAGACGUGGACUCGCCAUGUCGACAUUUUCACCAAAGACUUCCUGUUUGUGCCUGUUAAUCAAGAAGCUCACUGGUACCUGGUGGUGGUCUGUUUCCCGGGUCUAGAGAAGGACCAGUACGAGGACUUUCAGAGCCCAACAGGUGGAUCAGAGCGAGCUGCAGGAAAACCAUCCCUCAGUCUGAGAUCACAGCAGCAACCGGAGUGCGUCCAGCGUGGCUGCUACAGGGACAGAGUGUUAAAGAGGCCGUGUAUACUCGUCAUGGACUCGCUGAAGCUGUCGUACCACGAGAACGUCUGCAGACUCCUCAGAGACUACCUGCAGGUGGAGUGGGAGGUCCGGAGGGCGACGCCUCGUCGGUUCACGCCAGACAACAUGAUGAGCUCCAACUGCCGGGUUCCUCAGCAGGACAACAGCAGCGACUGUGGUCUCUACCUGCUGCAGUACGCCGAGAGCUUUCUGCAGAACCCGGUGGUGCACUUCAACCUCCCGUUGGGUUUGGACAACUGGUUUCCGCGGCAACUGGUGCGACAGAAACGCGAGGAGAUCCGGAGUCUGAUAAUGAGGAUGCACCGGAGUCAGAGCGACGAGAGCUGAAAGGACCAAACCCGCCGAGCCGUUAACUCACAGUGCAAUAAAUAAUUUAUACUGUUUCUACCUGGUUUUUACUUUAAAUCUUAAUAGAAUAAAAUUUCUUACAAAAAUAUUUAAUUGUUUUUUUAUUUGUGAAUGUAAAUUACUUCUUAUCAAUCCUGUUUAUUUCUUCCCGUUUUAUUUAUUUUCAUUUUUGGCUCUUAUUUUGAAACCUGAACUGAUUUAUAAAGAUUUCUGGACUCUGAUUGUCGCUAUAAAAAGAUCUGACAAUAAAUGUUCAAUUGUUUAGUUA